UCAAGGUAGGUUGAGGGCACUUAGGGUCCAUAGAAAUUUGACAGCUUCACAGGUGAGACACUCGUCAAGAGGCUGUUUCACUUUACGUUUCGGUUUUCUUUCUCCCUGGAACUCCACUCACUGUGAGCCUGGGGUUGUCACAUUCAAAAAACAACCUUUCGAAGUCUUAUCACGCCGGCAGCAUGAGCAAAAAGAAAAAGGACUGGAAGACUGAAAAAGAACGUCUCCUUCGACUAGAUCUGGAAGAGAGGCGCAAGGAGUAUCGUAAAGAUUUCACACAGCUGGAGAACAUUCCAACUUGGAGAGGGGAAAAUAGAUCCAAGAACAACGACGGAGAUGACGAGGAGCAGACAGGUGGAGGUGGCCUCGGUGAUAAAGUGUCUCUCUACAAGGGUGAUAUCACUGUCCUGGAAGUGGAUGCAAUAGUCAAUGCUGCAAACACAUCUCUGCUGGGAGGUGGAGGAGUUGACGGCUGCAUACACAAAGCGGCAGGGUCCUGUCUGUAUGAUGAGUGUCACUCACUAAACGGCUGUGACACCGGCAAAGCCAAGAUCACCUGUGGCUAUGAUCUCCCUGCAAAAUAUGUGAUCCACACUGUAGGCCCGGUGGCAAGAGGUCAUGUUAGCCAAAAGGAGAGAGACGAUCUUACCUCCUGCUAUAAAAACUCCCUGGAUUUGAUGAAGGAGCAUAACUUGAGUUCUGUGGCCUUCCCAUGUAUUUCCACAGGCAUUUACGGCUAUCCCAAUGAGCCUGCAGCAGACAUUGCUCUGAAUACAGUGAAGAAGUGGAUUGAAGAUAACCCUGAUAAGAUCAAACGGGUCAUUUUUUGUGUCUUCCUUGAUACUGAUUUUGCCAUUUACAAGAAGAAAAUGGCCAUCAUCUUUCCAGAUGAUGACAUUGAGGAUGAGAAGGAGCAGCUGAAGGAAGAAAGCAUACCUCCAUCAACACAGUCCACAACCAACGAAGAGACGGAGGAAAGCGAGAAGGGUAAGCUUGUUACUAAAGCUCUGUGUCUGCUUGUAUCAGUUUUUUUUUUACUCCAACUCUUUUAAUGUUGAGCA